CAAUCAAUUACAUACUUCAAUGUUAUAUACAAAUUAUAAUCGUUAAGCUUAAAAAAUUAAUAUAAGUACAAUGAAAAAAUGUUCAUUCUACUUUUGUAAGUGCUGGUAAUUUAUGUUUAAAUAUUUGGUGAUUAAUAUUUCAAUUUUGUCUAAAAUUAAGAUAAAAUAGCUAGUAAAAAAAAAUCAUCAAUAGAAGGUGUUCUUGGUUUAAACUCUAGAUCAUAAAUUAUCAUAAUUUCUACAAAAUUUAAACUAAUACACAUAAGACGAGUUUUAAAAUAAUUUUGAACUUGCUGUUUAUUUGUACAAUUAGUAUUAUAAUUUAGUCCAUAUAUUAGUUACGAACCGAAAUAUGUAUUUACCAGUUUUUCUAACUUUAAUUUUGAGUUUUGUAACGAAAGUAACCAUUUGUAAUGAAAGACCAGUGAUUGGAAUACUAACACAAGAAGUUUAUUGGUCUAGUUUUAAAAAUGUUAAACCAUUUAUUAAGUCGUAUAUAGCUACAUCUUAUGUUAAAUCAAUUGAAGCUUCUGGAGGACGAGUUGUACCAGUUUUCACCAACAGGACUACUAAAUAUUAUAUGGAUGUUGUGAGAAAAGUUAAUGGAAUUUUGGUCCCUGGAGGAGGAUGUGCAUUUAAUAUGAGUUCUGGAAUAGGUCAAUCGACAAAUGAAAUUUUUCAGAUUGCAAAACUUGUAAACCGUGUAAAUGAUCAUUUUCCAAUUCUAGGAAUUUGUUUAGGAUUUGAACUUCUUUUAAUGGCAUCUAUUAAAGGGAAAUUUCCUUUUUCAAAAUGUAAUGCUCAAGAUCUAAAUUUACCUUUGACACUAGUACCAGGGAUGGAAGAAAAAAGUGUGUUAUUUAGAAACAUGCCAAAAGAUAUCCGAAACAUAUUACUUACAAAACCAGUCACAGCAAACCAUCAUUUUAAAUGUAUGAGGAAAGCAAACUUUACAUCAAUGAACUUAGAUAAAUUUUGGAAUCCUAUAACAACAAAUAGAGAUAAACAUAAUUUGACAUUCAUAUCCACAAUAGAAGCAAAAAAUUAUCCAUUUGUGGGAUUACAAUUUCAUCCAGAAAAAAAUGCCUAUGAAUGGGAAAAAGAUGACCCUCAUAGUUGGUCAGCAAUUUAUUCAGCACGCUAUUUUUAUGAUUGGUUUGUCAAUAAAUGUCGUCAAAAUAAUCAUAGAUUUAUCAAAAAAAGUACGCUGGAAAAUGAAUUAAUUUAUAAUUACCCUACCACAUACGUGGGAAAAUUGAACUCUGUUUUUGAGCAAGUUUACUUUUUUAAUGAAUAAAAGUAUUAAUUGUUUAUUUUAAAUGUCAUAAUUCAUAAUAGUGAUAUAAUUUUAAAUAAUAUAUAAUUCAAUUUCUUUAGAGUAUUAUAAUAUUUAUUGAAAAUAAGUGUAGAAUUUAAUACAAUAAAUAAUAUUUUACACAAUAA